AUGGUAUGGUGCCGACAAGGAGCCCCUCAUCAAGUCGUGUUUCACCAAGGUCGAUCAUACCAACCAAUUUCUGGAGUCAUACAUCACCCACGUGUCAAGUCACCGAGGACUCACAUCACCCUCAGCUCGAGUGAUCAUUGCAGUGCGAAAGAAUGUGGCCGAAUGCACAAGGUCCAAGAUAAUGCCAAUGGUACAUUCCAGAUUGGAAAGACGUCGAAUCUGGAAGACCUCACGUCGGUAGAGAGGCACCUUCAGAUUCCCUGUGGAUUAACCAUGCUCUCGGAAGUCCUGCUUUAA